AUAUGAAAUCAAGUUUGUUGUUUUUACCCUUCUUAUUGGGAUUUAUUUUGGCUGAAGAAAAGAAAGUUGAAUUUGCUGGUUUGGGUUCAGAUGCCCUUGGUCAAGAAUUUUAUCCUGCUGUAGCUGUGGCUCAAUUUACAGGUCCUAGUAUUAUAGGUGAAUUCAACUUUUACCAAGAUGCUUCUGGUGAAGUUACAGCUACAGGUGCAUUCCAAAAGGGAUUGAAACCAGGUCAGCGUUAUCGAUUUAGAUUCCAUGAAGGCACCAAUUGUGAUAGACUGGGUGAAAUGUCCUUGGAACAUGAAUUCACAAAUCUAAGAGCUAUACAAGCGGGUGGAACUGCGCCUGUUCAAGAAAAGAUUGAUCUUGCUCAUUUGACUGGUAAUACUGGUUUGAUUGGAUCACCUUGGGUCUUGUCUGAUGGCUCUCGCGAUUUGGCUUGUGUUGUGCUUAAAAAGACAUAAGAUUUAUUGAAUAAAAAAAA